CCUUCGGCGUGAUUUCUACGUGGAUGAUCUUAUCUCCGGCUCAGGCACGGUAAAGGAUGCUAUCAGCAUAAUGCAACAGACGGCUGGCAUUCUUGCGAAGGGCAAGCUCAAGCUAAGGAAAUGGUGCUCUAACAUUCCGCUUGUGCUGGAGGGUGUGCCCGCCGAGGACAAGGAGUCAUUCAUGAAGUUUGAAGAUGGUAGCGAUUUCACCAAAACUUUAGGUCUCGCUUGGGAUCCCGCCUCCGACCAGCUAUUGUUUUCGUUCUCUGCCUUUCAGUCGCCACUGAGACCCUGCAGGCGCUCUGUUUUGUCUGCGAUUGCUAAAUUUUACGAUCCUCUCGGCCUGGUCGGUCCGGUAAUUACAAGGUGUAAAAUCUUUUUGCAGCAGCUCUGCAAGGAAAAGCUGUCCUGGGAUGAAAGCCUCCCGGAAACCCAUAACACGAAAUGGCUUGAUAUAUGUCGCAGUUUUGAAAUAAUAAGUCAUGUUAGUUUCCCUCGGUUUGUGUUUAGCGCAGAGACUGAUCUUGAGGUGCAUGGGUUUUGUGAUGCAAGCAUUGAUGCCUAUGGAGCCUGCGUUUAUGUGAUUUCUAAAGGGAAUCAAAGUUUUAGCCAUUUGCUUUGUUACAGUACCAAAGCUGGAGCUUUGUGGUGCGGAUCUUCUGGCUAAAAUCAUGAGGGAAAUAGUUGGCUUGAAAGUAUUUAAAGGACGCUACUAUUGUUGGUGCGACUCGACGGUGGCACUUUCCUGGAUCCGAGAUGAGCCCGCCAGGUUCAACAUAUUUGUGGCAAAUAGGGUUGCUGCCAUUCAGGAGCUGACAGAUGUCACGGCUUGGCGGUAUGUUCCA